AUGAAGAAACUCCAGUCAUCUCUCGACCCGCAAACGGUGUCCAAUUCUGCAACCUACCAGCUCGUAUCAUCAAAGAGCUUGAGUGACGCGCUCAGAAGUACAACCUCCUCAGAUCAUAUGACUAGUCCUAGUAUCAUUAGCAGCCAUGCCUCCAAUCUCAACCAGGUGGUGGCUUCUUCAAGUUACGCCUCAAGCACUGAGAACAUAUCACGCCUCCUAGAAGUGACGGAUCAUUUGCUUCCAAGCCACCACCGACAGUCCAAAUCCGGGCAAGAAGGCAGUCAUUUAGGACCAAAUGAAGAGUUGGAAUCUCUUGAAAAUUGGCUCUUGGGUGAAACUAACGCUACUCAAGUGGAAGAAAUGAUGGAGUUGCCUCCAAUCUUCUGA